AGUGUGGAGCGCGCAUGUUCCUCGCUAAGUAUAUCCAUAGUCCAUACUGCGUAGAGAAUCCGCAGCUGCGCGUCAGAUUGUCAGUAUUAAGUUGCGGCGUAAACAGUCACAAUGAAACUCAGUCUCGUGCUGGUACUUAGCGUCUGCGCACUAGCCAUGGCAGCUCCAACGAAAGUGUAUUACAACCUGGAUGAAGCCCCGCAGUUGUUUGAGACAUUCAUCAAGGACUACCAAAAAGAAUACAAGGAUGACGCUGACAAACAGGUGCAUUACGAAGCGUUCAAAAAUAAUUUGAGUAAAAUCAAUCAACAAAACGAACAGAGUAAAUCAGCGACGUUCGGAAUAAACAAGUUUGCUGAUUACACGGACGAGGAUAGAAAAGGAAUGUUUGGAUUCGGAGCGCGGAAACAGUGAUUAUAAUAUUAAAUAAUUCAAUCAUACAGAAAUUGAAGAAGAGUUUCAAUGUACCUAUUUGAAAAAAAAACGAUGUAUUCUCAUUAUUUUUUAAUAAAAUAUUAAAUUAAA